CGAUGCAAAAUUCUUUGACAUGCUCUUCCAGACAGAGCAAGAAAAAAAUGAAAAUUCCCACAAGAAGGAAAAUGCGAAUUCCGUGCAAUCAGAAAGAAAGUCUAAGUUUCUGCUGAAAAGAAUGGAAGAUGCAGCUGCCAAUUAUAUUGACUACGACCAAGUGCAGAAUUCUCAACAGGGAACCCCUGAAGCUUGGAUUUCUGCCGCCCAGGAACCAAAAGAGGAGGAGACCGGUGUGAAAGACUAUCGCACAGAGCUUGAAUUGUACAGGGGGAGCUCGCCGGAAUCUGAGGAAGAAAAAACUAAGAAUCCAAAGAAGAAGCGAGGAAAGAAAAAGAAGAGGAAGAAGAAAUUAACUGAAAAAGGCAAAAUUAAGAGAGAUAAAUUUCUUAAAGAAGUUGCCCAUAGAAUUGUAUGCACCUAUUUCAAACAAGGCUACUGUUAUAAGGGCGCCGACUGUGCAUACUCUCAUGUACUACCGAAAAAACUUCCAGCUCUUUGCAAGUUUUCAUUCUACCGAGACACUUUCUCAGAUUCGUCAGACGUCAAGCACAACAAGGAUGAUUCUCCUCCGUUCCACCUCUCAAGUUCUCCAUUCCACCUCCCACAAUUGGAUAACUACACACAUCCCUCAAAUCACGUAAAAGUCAAAGAGUCAAUGUCUGAAGAUGACAGUGCUGAUGGACAUGAGUUAAAAAUUGCUCUUCCGGAACGUAUUCCUUCUGGCUCACAAAUUUCCCUCGGCUGUUUCAGUCAUGAACCGAUUGCUUUCAAAGUUAAAACAGAUGACUGUAAUACCAUUUGUGAUAGUGGUAGAGAAAGACUGAGCUCACCGUCUAACUUCAAUGACGAAAAUCCUCUGGAAAGUUUUUCCAAAUUACCUAGUGCCAUGCCAACUUGUCCAAUACCUGAUACAACAAAGGGCUUCAUGCAAUGCGAGCGAAAUAGAAAUUCAUCAAAGUUGAUUGAAUCAGAAGUUUCCGAAAGCUCUCCCGAGACGUUGGCACAAAACUCCCUCUCAUCUUUCAAUGCUUGCCAACCGGGGCAUGUUGAAAUUAAAUCUGAAAGAUCACUUGUUGAACAACAGUCGUCCACUUUGCCUCCUUGCCCCUCAAGUCUGGAAAACUUUAUGAUGGAAACUGAGUCCAAAUUCCUGCUGCCUAAAGUUAUUGAAAAAUCUCAUUCUCACCCAAAUGCAUAUGCAGAAGGAGGCAGAAGUGCACCUGUCAUUGCCCAAACCGAGGAAAAGAAGCAGACAGCGAAUCGGUUUCCAUUCCAGCCGUUUGUACCCCAGAAAGACAAGAAAGAUAAUCCAGAUUUAGGAAAACCUUUUUCUGAAAAUGUAGUCGGUGGCCAUCCAAGACCUCCAAUGAUCGAAACAGCUCCAGAAGAGGGCCCCUUAAAUGGCAGCCCGGCUGCAUCCGGAACUUCUGAAAGUGCUUCUGUUGUAGACAAAGUCGCUGGUGACAGAGCCUUGUCUUCCGAAAUCCUGGGUGUCACGGCAAAGACGGAUGUUGUAAUGGCAGCCGAGUGCAGUGCUAUUGAAACACAGGGAGCCUUGUGUAAUAAUCUGUUGAAGAAUCAUGUAAACAAUGAAUCUACAAAGCCUCUUGGAAAGAAAAGGAUUAAGAAGACUAAGAAGAAUCAGGGAAAAAACAAGAAUCAAAAUGCUCCAAAGAAAUCAUCUUGUCCAAUUCAAGAAAACCCAUGGAUCGAUAACAAGGACAAUAUUCCUUAA